GGCCCCAUUUUGUGCACUCAAGCUUCAAGCUGUUGCAAAAAGGUCAGUCAGCAAUGGCUGCAGCAGAAAUUCCCAGUUACAUUGUCUCUUCUCAGACUGAGAAACACAGGAGGGCCAGAAACUGGACUGAUGCAGAAAUGAGAGGUUUAAUGCUGGUUUGGGAAGAAUUUUUUGAUGAGCUGAAACAAACUAAAAGGAAUGCCAAAGUUUAUGAGAAAAUGGCUAACAAACUCUUUGAAAUGACUGGAGAAAUUCGCCACGGAGAGGAAAUAAAGAUAAAAAUUACAAAUAUGACAUUCCAGUACAGGAAAUUAAAAUGCAUGACUGACAGUGAAACUGUGGCACCUGACUGGCCUUACUACAAAACCAUUGAUAGGAUCUUAUCCAAAGUGACAGACCACAGCGAUGUGAAAAUGCAUGAAAAUCAGCAGCCAGGUCCUUCUACAUCACAGACAGAGGCCUCUCAAUCUCCAUCAGCCAAGUCCACUCCUCUGUAUUUGCCAUAUAACCAGUUUACAUAUGAAGGAAGGGAAGAAUGCUUUGAAGAUGAACAUUCAGAGAGCUCAUCAAGCUUGCUUUCUUACAAGCUGAGAGCUGAAGAAAGACCAGUUAAGAAAAGAAAAAUGCAAAACUGCAGUUUCCAAAAGAAGAAGCUAAAAUUAAUGGAAGCCAUGUUGGAAGAACAAAAGAAGUUGAGUAGAGCUAUGGAAGAAACCUGUAGAGAAGUGCGCAGGAUCCUGGAUCAGCAGAACAUCAUUCAAGUUCAAAGCCUACAGUUACAGGAGAGAAUGAUGAAUCUACUGGAGAAAAUGAUCUCCAAGUCUAAUGUGUAGCUUCCUUUGUGAAUGCCUCUGAGAUUACUAUUGCUAUUAUAGAUAACCAUUUAUUGCACACCAUAUGUGUGUCUGUUGCCCUAUUCCCAGGUUUUCCAUGGAAAUUAAAACCCUAGUGUAAUCCUAGUUCAGCAAAAAAAAAACAUAAUGCAGGGCGAGAGUUAUCCAGUAUGAUAAAAUUAGUGCAAUAUAUGCCUAAGUUGAAUUAUUUUUAUACAGAAAGGUUAAGGGAUAAAUUGCUCGGGGAACUGAAGUACUAUUUAUGCCUAAGUCAGGUGUUGUUUUGCAAACAGUGGUGUUGUACAUUGCUUCACAUCAAGGACUGCAGCUUAAUCUCUUUUAGGAGAAUGAAAUAGUGCAUUUCUAAACAUGGCUAUUGCACCUUGAAAUUGCUGAUGAUUAAACCCUGUUUUGAAACAUAUGCCUGAUUGUAUAAGUGACCUAUGGUUCUUGUGAAGAGCUAGCUGGGACCAUGAGAUACAUAACUUUAAACUCCAUGCCUGAUAUGAAUAGUACUCUAAAGUAUGAGGGUAAAAAUAGUCUAUUCAAAUACAUUUUUUGAUAUAAAAACAAAUGCCCCAUACCACCUUCCUAUAUACUGAAUACUAAAAUGUAUAGAAGAUACUUGAAGUUGUUUUUGAUAUUAAACGUUUAAAUUUUUUUCAUUAUUAACUGGAAUCUGUUGACUUAAACAAACAACCAGCAAUGAAAACUUUCAUUUAUUCUCUAUCACAAAAGAAAAGUAUUGUACUCUGUGUAUAUACAUAUAUAUAAUGUCUAUCAAAUGAAAUAAAGAAAAAGAAGAAACGUA